GUAUUAAACCGACCGGAGAAUGUCAACUCAUUUUUCAGCUUUAUUUUUUUUCUUUUUACCAAUAAUGAUUCGUGGAUUCUCCAGUGGUUCUCAAUAUAAUUGCAGACAACCCAUUUGAGGAGUUUACUCAUUGAAUUGUUCAGUUCAGAAAUUGAGACAUGGGUAUCACCGGAGAGCUGGUUAGAAGUGUCUUCUCUAGGAACAGGUCUUUUGGGACUCCUCGAGACACAAACUUAGCAAGAAGUAAUGUGACAGAUAAGAAAAGAUGGGGUUCGGUCCGAUCAUACCUUUGUGGUGAUGAAUUCAGUUCAGUUGUUGCAGAGGAAGAUUCAAGUUCAGUCAAGAGCUCUGAAGCCACUGUUACUCAGCCUAUACCAGAGGGAUCAAUGGACUUGCCAGAAAAUCAGAGCGAUGAGACCGAGCCGAAUAUACCAGACGGCAACCAUAACCCAAUUUCCAAAUUGUUCCAUGAAGAAGAUGCAGCCAUGGUUAUUCAGUCUGCAUUUAGAAACUUUCUGGCCAGGCGUCUAUACAUGGAGAUCAAAAGAGGGGGUGAUAAACAGGAGCCUCCAGCCAGUACCGAAAGUCCGAGCAGGGAGUCUAUAAGUACGUCUAUUGAAGUUCAAACUGGAAAUUCUGUGGAAGUUUUCUCAGUUCAAGAUGAAAGCAAAGGAGUACAUCACCGAGUUCAACAAAAACCCAAAGCUCUGGUUCUGAGGAUAAAGGAAGACUGGGAUGAUAGCACGGUGAGUAGUAACAUUUCGAAAAUGAGGAUUCAGAACAAACUGGAAGCGAUGACCAGGCGUGAAAGAGCUCUGGCCUAUGCUUUUUCGCAACAGCUGCGAAUCUGCUCGAAGAGAAAACAAGCAAAACCUGAUGGAAUGGAACAGAACAUGAGCUUGAGCUGGAACUGGCUAGAACGAUGGAUGGCAACCCGUGUUCCGGAUAGCUCACUAGGAGAAACCAAUACAAAAAAACCAUUUGAACCUGUAGACAACAAUAACAAACUUGCUAUCAGGAAAGGAAUUAUAGACGCAGCAGGUGACGAGAAAGAAAGUUGCGGAUCUAAUGAAGUAUCCGUACAACCAGAAGCCUUACCAGCACCAACUUGUAAGGAAAAAGAUCAAUCCAGGCGGCCAAAAAACAGGCUUAAAGCUACACGAAGCAUAUCGAGGAGAAAAACUGUACCAAGUUAUCAACCAUCAAAGGAAUCUGGCAAGGUGAACAAGAAAGAAGGUUCAAGGGAGAGUGUAAAAUAUAAGAUGGCACAAGAGCAAGCUAUAAUGAGGCCUGAAAGAAAUCAAUGCAAUGAUGAUUGAUGCAUCAACGCUAACCAUCAACAGUCACCAGAUCCUUUAGCCUCUUGAUCUUUGGAUUUUUAUUCUGCUAAAAGGGUAAAAUAUGUUGCUAGUGCUUACUCUGUUUUAUAUGUGGCUUCAAGAAAAUGGUACAUUUCUUCUGUAAAUGCUGUCGCUAAGCCAUUGUGUUCAUCCUGUAAAUGCCUGAGUGUCAACUCUUAAGUAUCAAAUAGUAGCAACA